AUGGAGCCUCACACAACAUCCCAAAUCCACGCGCCUCGGAGGAAGCGGCUCAAGAUUGCGACGGCAUGCUUGCGCUGCCGUCGCCGGAAGGUAAAGUGCGACGGAGUUUGUCCAGCGUGUGGUGCCUGUCGAAGAAGUCACGAAGAAGCAGACUGUAUAUAUGAGAACGCAGCAGCUGUCAGAGAGCCUGGCCCUUCGAGAUUUUCUGAUGAAUCUAGAGCCGCCCCGCGCGUCCCUAACGCUUCCAUCCAACCCUUCCUGGAGGCAGCCAAGGACUAUGCUUACCCUGGACUAUGUUCGGGGCUUGGAGCAUCCACUGCCCCAGAAACAACAAAUCCCUCAGCUAUUCAUCCACUGCAGUUGGACAGAUCUCCCAGCGAGCCCCAUGGGGAGGAUUCUAUGAAUGGGAUAAUAGGCGACCCAGCCCGAACCCGUGAAGUUUAUGGGAGCAGCAGUGCUAGCUCCUUCAUCCAACAGAUUCAGACUGCUAUUAACUUUAAGUUUGGUAUUGCCCACCAAAUUACUGGUGAACAGAAAGCUAUACCGAGAAGCCGAUCCCCGUGCCCUCAAACCUCCCUUUCCAAUUGCGAGGAACCGACUCUCUUUCUACUUCCUCCAAAAGGGCUGGCCGAUGGCCUUAUAGGGGCCUACUGGGACAACAACUGGGCACUGUACCCUGUAAUCAAUCGGCGUAAGAUUGAAACUAUUUACGACUCGCUCUGGACUUCUCCCACAUCCGCGAAUUAUCCGCUCAUUCCAAUGAGCAUUAUUAACAUUUGUUUCGCGAUAGGCUGCCACUACUCAAAUCUUCUCUCACCCAAAGAUCGCAUGGGCGCGAGCGACGAUUUUUAUGGUCGCGCGAAACGUCUGUACCAGAAGACAGGGGAUAUUCCUUCGUAUGAAAGAGUCACGUGUCUAUUGCUGUUCGCCAUAUACCUGCAAAGUACGAAGCAUGUCUUCCAAUGCUGGAUGACAGUCGGGAAAGCGAUUCGAAUGGCGCAAAGUCUUGGGAUCCAUCUACCUGAGUCGACGAUUUAUCUUGAAAGCGUGAGAGAUAGAGAGUACAAAAGGCGGAUAUGGCAUUGCUGUGUAUGGCUGGACAGGGUUCUGUCCUCUACACUGGGCCGACCGGGUAUGAUCCCCAAGUGGCUAUUUAAUUCAGUGCCACUACCGUCCAUGAUCGAUGACGAAUUCUUCGAGACACAAGAUAUUGGUUCUCCGAUACGACCAGACGGGCAGCCUUGUAUCAUGGCUGGUGCUGUGAAGGCCAUGGAGCUCUAUCAGAUUUUGGAUGAGGUCCUUGUUGACCUUUAUCUCAACCCCAAUGAUUCUGAAGACACCAAACGUAGACUCAUCAGGAUCCUUGAAAUAGAUAGCAAGUUGCAAAUGUGGAACAAGUCUCUUCCAGAACAUCUGCAACUUGGAGCUACUGCAACCCGUGACUUUCUGGUGGAGCGACAAGCAACAGUUCUGAGGGCACGCUUUUUGCACGCACGCAUCCUCUUGUUCCGCCCGGCUCUUAUAUCCUAUUGUGUUCGAGGUGGUUCAACAUCUGGGACAGAACUAUUUGAUGCAAACAAUUCCAGCCUUGCUGAAGCAAUGCUCCCAGAAUGUUCACGCAUAUGCUUCCGUGUUGCCCAGGAACUAAUUGAGAUUUAUGAUCGCCAUCUUUCCCGCCAAAAUGCCCUCGGGCCGCUGCCAAAUUGGUGGUAUUCUGUUCUGUACGUCUACAACGCCACUAUGAUGAUUCUAGUAGAGCGCUUUCUCGAGGCAAAGGAUGGCAUUGUGAAAGAUCCGAAAGCAUAUCAAGCAUGGCAUGCCGCUCUUCGCGUCUUGAAGUGCUACAGUAUGGUUGGAGACUCAGCAAAGAGAUGUGUCGCCUUGCUGGAGAUUCUCUGCGAGAGAUUUUCUCUAGACCAACCCGAACGAUUCUCUCAACAGCAGCAGAAUGAGAUUAGUCAAGACUGGGAUUCGCUCCUAGCCAUGUCCAAUCCAUUCACUGCGAAUGAUGCGGGUAUACCACCUUUUAGCUUUGAUGAUUUUAUCUGGUCAGAUGCGAUGCCAGCCGAAGCCAUGCUUACUGAUGGCCCCAUCGAGCCUCGAAUGUGA